CCUUAGAUGGCAAAUCUCCUCUGGUAGCCAGAAUAGAUGUUGAUGGCAAUGGAGGAAAUAGAGCCACAGCUCCUGAGGUAUAACAACUGAUAUUUGGAUUGUCAAGGGAUAAAACCUUUCCUUUGAAACGUGCAGAACACUUCUGACUCACCAUGAACAAGAAUAUCUAUAGUCAACACAAGAGGAGCAAAAGUGUUUCAGAAGAAGCUUUGCAUCACAGCGCUGAGGAUGAAGAGUCUUUCCAAGGAAAGGAGCCCUAUCUUGUGCGGAGAUUAUCAUCCCGUAACAUUCAGCUUCCCCCUCUGGCUUUCAGGCAGUUAGAACAGGUAGACUGGGACAAAAAGAAUGAUAUCGAGACUAUCCCAAGGCCCACGACUCUUCCACUGAGGAUUCUUCCUCUGAUUGCCAUUACCUCUGCUGAGUCCAGCAGUUUCGAUGUAGACAAUGGUACAUCUUCAGGACGAAGUCCCUUAGAUCCCAUGACGAGCCCUGGAUCAGGACUAAUCCUUCAGGCAAAUUUUGUCCACAGUCAACGAAGGGAGUCUUUCCUUUACCGAUCAGACAGCGACUAUGACCUUUCUCCUAAGUCCAUGUCCAGGAACUCCUCCAUUGCCAGUGAUAUACAUGGAGAUGACUUGAUUGUGACACCAUUUGCUCAGGUGCUGGCCAGCCUGCGUACUGUACGGAAUAACUUUGCUGCAUUAACCAAUUUACAAGAUCGAGCACCCAGCAAACGAUCACCAAUGUGUAACCAACCAUCUAUUAACAAAGCAGCUAUAACAGGAUUUGUCUGACACAACACAGUCAUCCAGAAGUCUGUUAUCUUAACUGGAGAUAGAGAUACUGAAAAACAAGACCUUUUCUUUGGUUCCAAGGGAUUAUCUCUAGAAAGCCCAUAACACCAUGAAAUCUGUGACAGCAAAAGAAAAUGUGAUAUCCAGAAGAGGCAUGUGAACACACACCGAGCCUACCUUACAUGCCUUCCCACAGUUGUUUGCCUAAGGUCAGCUUCUUUUCUCCAGCAGGAGAAGCUGCUCAGACAGCAGGACCCAAGACACAUUGCUGGAAGAUGCUGUUGCUCUUUUGAAAUUCCCUCUGGUCUGAAGAUUUCCAUACAGUUAAUCCUCACAUGCAUGCUAUGUGUCAGAAGCAAUAAAUCAUCUAAGUUUUAAUGUUUAGAAGGAAGGUGGUGCAGUCAGUGUUGCAAUUAAUUUAGAAAAUGCUUCUACGCCAAGAAAUUCAAAGUAAGCAAGAGAAGGCAAAGAAUAGUAAGGAUAAUUUAAUCUAAUUUAGUUUAAUCUGACUUCUGAGAGAAGUGGCUGGAAUUGCCAUGGUCAAAUUAUGCACUGAACUGGGUGAGCUGGGGCCUGUGUGCAUUGGAUAAAAAUAGCUAAAACACUUUAAUGAUACAGGAAAGAUAUUAAACCACUAUAAAACAUGAAAAUGGUUACAAUUCAUUUUGACUUGAAUGGAGAUAGAGGCUGGAGACUAUUUUGUCUGAAUGGGUUUGACUGUUUUUACUCAUGGACUGGUUUUGAUAUUUCCAUAGCAACAAAUUUCAUGGCAUAAGCUCAGAAGUAUGCACAGGUGCUUUCUUUGGGCAUAUAAAAUCCUCAUAAAAUACGUUGCACUACAGCACUAUACCAAGAAGGAAGAUGUAUUACAAACACUUUUCCUGCUCUUCACACAACGAUUGAAACACCUUUCACAUGCCACUAAGCUUUUUAAAAUUCUUCUGGGGAAAGUUUGAUAAGUAGCUUGUGCAGAUCCUUCCUGCUGAGAAACCCUCUUGGUCAAGGUGUUCUCAGAGUUCGUGUCAUAGAGUGUUCAGAACAAUGCACAAGACAAAUAGAGCCCCACCAUAUCAUCCAGAUAGCUCAGCUAACAAUCUCAGCAAGAACUGUGUAACAAAGUAACUGGAAGGCACAACGUCAUUAAACUAUGUCAAUGCUGAACUAGAAAACAGACACUUAAGAUGGGGACUUCGUGUUGCUAAGCUUCCAGGAAGACAUGUCUUUGGGAAGACUGAGGACAGGAACAAAUCACAGAAAGUAGAAGUGUAGCAAAAGGGAACUACUGCAGAAGAUAUGUGGAGAAACAACAAGGGUAAGAUAAAAAAAAAUAUUUGUAAAAUAUAUGGUAAAGACAAUUGACUAAAAUAGCAAGAGCAAAUUUCUCCAAUUUACUGUUUUAAGAGUUCACCCUCAGGCAUAAAUGUGGGAGAAAAUGCAUUAGCAAAACAGUAAGAAACUGUGAAACUGAGAAGUGAAGCAGCACAGGAACCAAAUGCUCAAAUUCUUAGAAGUAACUUGGUGUCCUUAAAAUUUUAAGUGAUCUUUCAAUGUAAAUACAUAGAAGUUGAUGAUUAAAAUAUGGUCUGUCCUACUCGAUAUAUCCACACAAAUCACUUUGGGAAACUGCAUUGAAAGAAACUCAUGAAUACCAAGGCAUACUUGAUCUUCAGUAUCAGCCAAGUAUGCUAUAACAUACUGAGCAUUUCUUUUGCAGACAAAUUAAGGGGUAGGAGGUGGAAGCUUUUCAUUUAACAACAAACUUCUUAGACAGUACUUUUAUUACAUGCUUUAGACAUCUAGGAUGUAGAUGUUCUGACAGAGUUCUUUAGGGUCCCUUUAUAGUCAUUCCAAAUAAGCAGACAUGUGAAAUGACUUACGUUAGAUGUCUCCUUUAAAGGGAGAUGAAUUGCUCCCUAAAAGUACCAUCUCUCUCCCAUGACUGAGACCAGCCUGGGCUAACAGCCUGUUUGCUAUGCAGUGCUUCCAUGAGUGGUGUUCUGUGCUUCAACCAGAAGAGGGGUUCCUCUCACUGUGAGUCACAUUUUCCAGGCAGUGAUACGAAUGGUGUUUCAUUUCAAGCUAAUAGUUAUUCUCUUAACACAACCAGUGAAUUAUAAAUAACGUUUCCCUUAAAGCAAAACAAAAAAAAAGAGAAACUAGCUGUGACUCAAGGAUCGAUCUUGCAAUUUUCCAUUUUUCACUGAUAAAAACAGUGUGCAAGUGUUAGGGAUCUUUUGAUUACCACAGUUCUAUUUUUAAUAAGUACAUUUCUAAAACAGAGUCAUUUGAAACAGGAAGGAAACAUGUAAGGUCUUUCUUGCUGUCCUCUAAUGACAAUUUAUAAGCAGUCUGGCAGCUCUUUUUGUGUAUGAGGAGGUAAGCUGGCCCAAAAGAAUGAGUUUCUGAACCUUCAAAUACUCUCACAACUAUGGAUUAAUUGGCAAAUCUUAGUUAACCUGAAAUCAUAGACAUGGGGAUUGGUUCAUAUAUAUACAUAUAUUAGAUAUACAUAAUACCUAAUUCAUAGUAAGAGCUUUAAAGUGGAUUUAACCGGGGAUUAUGUAAGUGGCCAUCUGUAUUACUAAUGCAGUGCCAAAGGAUGUGUAAGUGAAGACUUGUAUAUAUAACAAAAACGAUCAUUUAAUUUAAUAGUAUAAUAAAUAAUAAUUCUGAAAUUGCACUUUUUAGAAGUUAUUUACAUUUUACAAUUUUGCAUUAAAAAAAACCCCAAAUCUACUUUAUUGGACAGAAGAAAAUAUAUGGAUUUUCUCAGCAACAAGCAACAUCUCAUUUAUGAAAAUGUAGGAAGCACGUAGCUUAGUGUCACAAAACCCCCUUUAGAUAUUGUAAUGUAUACAAAAAACAUAGUGAUAUAUAAAUAAACUAUUUGCAGAGAUUAUGAGGUUAUAAAGCUAAUCGAAUUCAUUUACUACUUCAUGCUUUUGUUGCUUCUUAAUUAGACUUGAGAUUAGACUUGAGUUGCACUGUACAUGCAUGACUCUGCAUCUUAAAUCCAGCACAAAUCAACAUCCUGCUAAUUAAUUUCUUGUAUGUUUUUCGUGAGCUUUAUUCAACACAUUUCAUUAUUUGUUUUUGUUAGAUUCAAGU